AUGGCCGCCGUUCCCCACCUGAUGACCCUCGCUGACCUUACCGGUCCCCAGAUCACUCGCGCCAUCUCUCACGCCUACUACCUCAAGCAGGUCUCCACGCCCUGGCUCGCCCCGCAGGCGCCGUACACGGGCGGCAAGCGCACGCGCCUGCGCAUGCCGUCCCAGUCGCUCUUCAACAAGUCUAUCGCGCUGAUCUUCUCGAAACGCAGCACCCGCACCCGCGUCGCCGCAGAGACCGCGUCGGUGCUGCUCGGCGGCCGCGCGCUGUUCCUCGGCCGCGAGGACAUCCAGCUCGGCGUGAACGAGUCCCCGCGCGACACCGCGCGCGUCAUCGGCGGCAUGUGCCAGGGCAUCUUCGCCCGCGUCGGCGAACACUCUGAGAUCGAGGAGCUCGCAAAGCACUCCCCCGUGCCCGUUCUCAACGCGCUGUCCUCUCUCUGGCACCCGACGCAGAUCCUCGCGGACCUCCUCACCCUCCACGAGCACGCGCACCUCUUCGAGCCCGCUUCCGCCGCCUCCGCCGCGUCCCCCUCCGAGUCCGAAAAGUUCCACUUCAAGCCGCUCCCGACGCUGCGUCCGCUCACGGUCGCGUACGUCGGCGACUCCGCGAACGUGCUGCACGACAUGCUCGUCGCGUACCCCCGCCUCGGGCACUCGCUGCGCGUCGCGACGCCCCCGCAGGCGAUGUACCAGUGCCCCGCGCCCGUGUGGGACCGCGUCAAAGAGCUCGGGUGUGACAAGAAGAUCUGGUGGGGCUCCGACCCGCGCGAGGCGGUACAGGGCGCGGACGUCGUCGUGACGGAUACGUGGAUCUCGAUGGGCCAGGAAGCAGAGAAAGAGCAGCGAUUGAAGGAUUUCCAUGGGUACCAGGUCACUGAGGCGCUUUGCAAAGAGGGCGGGGCCAAGGCUGACUGGAAGUUCUUGCACUGCCUGCCCCGCAAGCAGCAUGAGGUCGACGACGAGGUCUUUUAUGGACCUCGCUCCCUCGUCUUCCUCGAGGCUGACAAUCGGAAAUGGACCAUCAUGUCUGCCUUCGACCUCCUCUUCGGCAAGUGGGACAUCACAGGCGAAAAAUCCGCGAAGAAGAAGCGGGACAUGUAG